UACUGUGUGACGUUUAAUUGUUGCGCCCGUCGCAAAAAAACAUUAGUUAGUCGACGAGACUGGCAGAGAUGCUGCAAUUUCUUUGGUCUACGUUUUAUUUGAGCCACGGUUAAUGUUAUUAAAGGCUGUAAGCUAGCUGUGUGUGUAAACUAUGUAGUAAUACGCCGUCGUUAGAGUAGACUGAGCAUUAGAAACUGGUUAAACACGCAGGAUUCGUCUCUGCUGUUGAGCGACACCAUUGAAUUUGGACUCAUCGUUCAGAAACAUGAUGGAGGAUUUCUCUGGUUUGGCUCUGCCUCCUCUAUUUGGAGGACACAUUCUGGAGGCAGAGCUGGAGCCUGGUGGUGUGGAACUGGGACCAGGAGAGGUGGAGCUGGGCCCAGGAAGCAAUGAGCUGCUGGAGAGUACAGCACAGGAGGAUGAAGAGAGAAGGGCUCUUGAUAAGAGGAAAUGUCUGGCUCUGAACAGGAGAUGUAAAGAUAUUGAACAGGUGAAUCAGAAGAUUCUAGGUCGCCUUCAUCAAGUACAAAGAAUUACACGACGCUUGAAGAAGGAAAGACGGUUUCUCAUGAAGACUUUAGAUGCACAUGGGGAUGACUACAGAAAUGCCCAGCUCACUAUACUUCUUGAGGGUGAUCCUGAAGCCCAUUUAGAUCCUGCGUCUGGAGUGGAGGAUGAACGCCUCAACGGUGUGUCUGGUUCCACUUUGUCUGCAGCAACGCCUCAUGCUGCAGGACCAAAGAGGAGGCGCCAUCGAAUUCCACGGCAAGAAAAGGAUAAAGACCAACAGACUGAACCAGACAUGUCGGUGUUGGCAGAGACACAGUUUGGAGAAAUGCCCAGUCCAACUUCUCUGUCUCACUAAUCUAAGCUUGCACUACAGCCCUGAAUAUGAUGAUGAUGAUGAAGGACAACCCAGUUUCUUUAACUGUUCAGUAGUUACUUUGCCUCUGUUCAGCCAGGUAUUGUACUGUUUGUAGUUUUACUUAGUAAGGUCAAAUUAGAAGUUAUUCACCUGGUGCAUGUAUUCAGUUGUUUUGUAUAUAUAUUAUUUUCUGUUGUCGCUUUUUGUACCUAGGAAAUUAUGACAAAACAUAAUUAUGACAAAACAUAAUUAUGACGAGCGUCAACCUGUACACGCUGUCAUCAAAAGCCUUGUUUGGUAAAUAUUUGGCAACCUGAAUAAAAUGAUCGUGGGGUUGCAAACUUGUGUUAUUAGCUUUCCCAGUACAUUCCUGGAUACUAUCAAUGGUUUUAUUUGAAUGUUUUUUCACCUUUUAAAGGUGCUUAAAAAGGGCUUUGCUGACUACCUUUCAUUCAUGUUUGCAUCUACAUGAACAAUUUAAAUGUGUGAUGUAUUAUGUUUCUAAAUAAAAGACCAAAUUUCAGGCAGAAAAAUCUCCAGGUCAAUUUG